UGGAGGAAAAUUAUCCGCUGUAGAUGUCAAAGGAAAUUGGGUACAGAAUUCUUUAGAGCUUUUACAGUUCCCAGCAUCUGUUGUUAGGCUUGUUUCUAAACUGACACUCAUGAGAUCCCACUGUGAAGGAAAUUACAUCCAUCACCUUCAAACUGGCUACUUAACGGUGGAAUCUUUCGGCAUCUUCGAAUUAGAUCUUGUGUCUUUCGAAAACCGCGGAGGCCGAGAAAUCUUGGGCGGCUGUUGCAGUGGUCGGCAUAGGGCUGACGGUUCUUGCCAGGGCACCUGCUCCGUCUACCUCCGGAUUUGCAUCAAACACUAUCAGGCCACGGUGGAUCCCGAUAGCCCUUGCACUUUCCACGAAUUCCAGACGCCGCCUCUCACAGCUAAUAAAUCGACCAAUCCAAACGAGGAGGACUCUGGGAUCUUCAAUUUACAAGAUCAACAUAGGAUGUCUUUCAAUCUCGGCUUUACCUGGCCGGGCGAAUUUUCAUUGAUUAUUGAAGCCUGGCGUCACUCAGACAAAAAAGGUAGCAAUAAGGUUCUCGUUGCCAGAUUCAUAGCUCAGCGAACUCUACAGACUGGAUUGGAUUGGACGCAGGACAAAUUGUCUACAAAUCAAAGUUCCCUGGAGGUGCUUUACAGAGUUUAUUGCGCCGAAAAUUAUUACGGACCGAAAUGCGAUGCAUUAUGUCGAGCUCGAGACGACAAAUUCGGCCACUAUACUUGCAGAGAUGACGGCCAGAAAGUAUGCAAGGCCGGCUGGACUGGUGAUUAUUGCGAUAAAGUGGUCUGCCCGCCUGGAUGCCAUCAUGGUACAUGUGAUCAGCCCAAUAAAUGCAAAUGUCGAUCUGGUUGGGAAGGUGAAUUUUGUGAUACUUGCAUAAGGUAUCCUGGAUGUAUGCAUGGCACCUGUUCGCAACCUUGGCAGUGCAACUGUGAUGAAGGAUGGGGUGGUCUGUUUUGUGAUCAAGAUCUCAAUUAUUGUACAAACCAUAAACCUUGUCAGAAUGGUGGUACAUGUACAAAUACUGGCCAAGGGUCAUAUACAUGUAGUUGCACUGAGGAAUUUAUGGGAGAAAGAUGUGAGAUUCUUCAGAAUCCAUGUAAAAAGAACCCUUGCCAAAAUAAUGGCACUUGUGAGAAUCCAAGUGCAGGGAACUAUUCCUGCAAAUGCAGUCCUGGUUUUUUUGGAAUUCGCUGCGAAACAUCUGCUAAUAUAUGUACAGAAAAUCCUUGUGAGAAUGGAGGUUCCUGUAUUCAUGACCCUGGAGGUUUUAUUUGUUCCUGCCUAGCUGGCUACACAGGACCUCAUUGUGAAAAUGUUGAAGUAUCUUCAUGUAAAGAUGGUCAAUGUUUAAAUGGUGGUACCUGCAUUGAUCUUCAAAAUGGUGCUCAUUGUAAAUGUCCUCAGGGUCUUUCAGGAAAAUACUGCGAGAUCAUACUCACUUGUUCCUCAAAUAUAUGCAAGAAUGGUGGCACAUGUACUGAAUAUUCAGGAACUGUUAUGUGUGACUGCCCUUCUGGCUUUUCAGGCACAUUUUGUCAAAAUGGACAGAGCAGCUGUUCUUCAAAACCUUGUGCCAAUGGAGGUGUAUGUCAAGAUACUAAAGAUGGCUAUAACUGUGAUUGCAAACCUGGUUUUAGUGGGAAAGACUGCACUGUUUCAAAUGACUCUUGCAACCCUCAAACAUGUUUGAAUGGUGCCCUGUGCCAUGUCACAGCAAAUGGUUUUAUGUGCCACUGUCCCAGUGGUUAUCGAGGUAAUCGAUGCCAAAUAAAAGAGGGCAGUAUUCUUCAGGCAAACUGGAAUGAGCAGCCAUCUGUAGCCUCAAAUGUGUCUCAUAGAGUGUCAGAAGAGCAAGAAAAGUUUCAACUCAGUGGAAAGCAAGUGGCUGUUAUUGCCAGCUUAUGUUCUGUUUUUGUUAUUCUUAUUAUUGUGUUAUCCUUCUGUGUGAUUUUCUGUGUCUUACGGAAACGCAAACGUCAGCGUCAUGCGGAAGAAACUCAAAGAGCCAAAGAAUAUGACUUUGAUUUGGAGGAUGAGCAAUUACAGAAUGAGCGUAAUGCAAUGCACAUGAACAAUAAGCAGUGUAAUAUGCCUCAAAAAAUUGUGAAUGCCUUGGACAGAGUGCCUGCCAAAGUAUCCAAUGAGGCUCCUCCUAAAGUGCUUAACAGUGAAGUGAAUAACAAAAAAGUGCCAGACAAAAGUUUGGUUUGCACUCCAAGAACUUUACAAAAGAAAGAUAUCUUAAGUGAUAGUUCAAUCGGCUGCCACUUUCCUCAGGACUGGCCUCCAUGUAACAGUAGUGGCAUCUAUGUCAUUGAAGAUCACUUCAGGGCGAGUUCUGAACAGAAUACAGGUUUAGAAAUGGAGAAUGUUCUUGCCACUGAAGUUUAAGGACGUAUAAUUUAAAUGUUGUACAGUCUGUCCAAGUGCCUUUUGUAAUAUAGUUUCAUGUGUUUGUACAAAACAGAGCUUUCUAUAGAAGAUCAUAGAUUUUUUUUUUUUUUUUUCCUAUUUAUAAUGAGUAGUUGAAAUAUUUGCUCGCAGUUACAUUAAAAAACUUUUCCUUUCCUUCUUUAAUGUGUUUGAAAAUAGCAUAGUAUAUUUUGUCAGUUGUUAAAUUUAGAAAUUUUAUAUUAUUUAAUACUCGUGCAUUUAUAUAAUUUUUUAGGCAUCACAAUUGUUUUUGGAAAAAAAAAUUAUUUUAUUUUACCUUGACUACCUGAAAUAAUUGUUCUUAAUGAGACAAUUCCUUAUUCAGUGAUAAUUUAUUUCAUGCUAAGUUGAUGCUAAAAGUUGUUGCAGAAAUUGUAGUACUUUAAUACAGUUUUGAAAAUAUAUCUCCACUGUUAAAAGUCUUUGUGAAGAAAGCAAAGCAUUUAAAUUUUGAAAUGUAAUUUAGUUGUUUAUAAUGCUGCUAGAUGGCAAAUGAUUUUCUUCUAAGUAUGGUAUAUAUUUAUUUAAAUGUCUAAAGACUGUCACGGCAUUUCAUUAUCAAUGCUGAAAUAUCAGUUUUGUUUAUUCUGAACUAACAUAAGUUAUUCAUUUUCGAUAUCUCACCUGUUUUUAGAUAUUUCACUUUUAACUGAAAUUUGAACUGAGUGAGCUGCGAACUGUUCUUCAGCUAUUUGUACAUAAAAUAGUCUCAAGUAGGGACUGAUAAAUUGAGGUGGAAUUUUAUUUCCAUACUAAAUCCACCAGUAAAGAAUAUAUCUUUUAGUUUAGUUAUAUAAGCUUAUUAAAAUAUAGAGAUCUCAUAGAUUUUACUGCCAGUCAGUGCUGUAAUCGGCUAUUGAUUGUUUCUCUCUACAUGUAAAAUGAUUAUUGUGCCAUGUUUCAGUAGAUUUACAAAACUUUCUGUCAGACAUCUGUAGUUCAGCAUGCACUUACUUAUUUUCCACAAUCAUUAAUGAAAUUUUGUUGUACUUGGAGACAUAUUUCACGCAUAAAAAUAAAAAAAAAUAACAUUUUUAAUUUUUAUUCUUAGACAUGUUUAAUAAACUGUUUAUCUUUUAAAAUUUCUAUACAAUAAGUAGUAAUAUGCACAAUUUAUGCAAUUUGUUAUAGCAUUAAGAUUUUAAAGAGAAUGAGGUAUUCUCUAAGUCAGUAAUAUAUGCAGUAAGAUGAGAAUUUAGUACUUAAGUGCUGUCUUCAUUUAGAAAUUUUGACAGUAUAUGUGGUUUACGUAGAUCACAGUUUUAUUAAGUGAUUAGUUACUGAUCUCUUGAUGUCUUAGAAAACUACUGUUUAGCUUUGAAAUGAAACCGUGUUUCCUUUGAUUUAAAAACUCAGUUGACUUAAGUGAGAAAUCAUUAUCAUUUAUUUCUGUAACUUUCAUAAUCUUGAACAAGAAGCAAAAUAGUUCCCCCCCCCCCCAAGUUAAUUCUUUAGCUCCUUUAGUGAAAUUUUGCAGUAGUAACUGUAUAUAGCAUUUGUACAUUUUUAGUUGGAUCUCAUCUUGUAUAUAAACGGAGGCUGUUUUUAUGUCCGUUUCUGCAGCACCAUGUCCUGAAUAAAUUCAUGAUUGUCUAUUUUUGUA